AUGGCAAAUAAAGACCACCAGCUCCACAUCCACUCCCUGGGCCAAACCUUGAACUGUCUCUAUCAGAAUAAUCUGCGUGUCAACUGCCACCCUCUGCCAAAGAGCUCCACAAACCUAGAGGGCAUCAGGCAAGGGACUUUUGAAGAAGGUCAUAGCCACACACGGGACCUCCCCAAAAGCCUCAGCGGUUCUGUUUGCCAAGCCCAGGAGAAGGGGACCACCGCUGGAAGAAUUCUUAGCAGCUUCUCCCCACAAGACAGCGCGCAACGUCCCACCAGAAACAGCGGCCAUUUCUUCAGCGUCGACCAGUCCCCGACAUCUGGAGAAGGGAUGAUGUAUCCUAGAACCUACCUCCGGGGCAGUCCUGUUGAGAAGUCAACUCCAGCCUCUGGUGCCAACCUCCAACACCAGUGGACAAUGGAGGGUCCUGGAGUUGCAGUCCGUAGAAGCCUCUCUGACUUCUCCUGUAGCUGCAAGCAACCGAGUCCCACCUUCCACAUGGAGUCAAGUGCCACAUCCCCUGCCAUAUGUUCACACAGUGGUAACUUUGCUUUGGCCGACAGACUGAGAAUCGCAGGCCUGAGAUAUGGAGCGGACCCUUAUGAAAAAAGCCCAGAUUUGCAAAGCCAUAGGAUGGUCCCUGCCAAUGUCUUUCACCAAGGUGCCACAUCACCCAAUGUUGCUAUUUUUACAGACUCCGGAGCGUAUCACACAAAUGUUCUUGGUCCAAGCACUCCCAGUUUCUCCAGUAGGACAAUGCAUGCCCACAGUGGAAUAGGACAUACUAGCAACUUUUCAACCGGCGGGUGCCCACCUGGAAUGGUGACCAUUCCUAAUGGCAUUCCUCGGCCCUACAACCGAUGCCACGUGUCUUCUGCGAAGGAAGAGGGCACCGUUGCCGCCUACUGCCAUUCCUUACCGAUACCUUCUCUUCAGUUUACCCCAAGGCUGGUGUGCUCAGUUAAUGAACUGGGCGAAGAACAAGUCAACCCGGAGGGCUGUUCAUCUUUGCUCGCUACUGAAGUCUCCUCCAUGAAUGGGUCAGGUCUGGAAGCCAACCACAAUCUAGGAUGCUGUUGGGCCCACGGGGAGCGUGUGCUGCACUCUCAGCCUUACGGACGAGCAAGCAAGGCUCAAGAGGAAAUGAAGACCAUGUACGUGGUGUGGAACAGCCACCAAGAUGGGGUUCAGACAGUCAUGAAGACCAAAGACACCUGGACCAUGACGUCCAUGAAUGAUCUCACCCAGGGAUUCCAGUCUCCGCUGGACUACAGGGACGCAGAAGUACAGACGUUCCCAGCAAAGGAAUGCAGGUCCGUGGCAACCAGCCCAUCUGUUCUGGCAGAAGGCCACCUUCAUGUGUUCCCAGAGGUUAAUCUGAAACCAGAGGCUGAGGCCGAGAAGUCUCCCGUGCGAGACGUCAGGUGGGACGACGAAGGCAUGACCUGGGAAGUCUACGGGGCAGGGGUUGACCCCGAGGAGCUUGGACUGGCCAUUCAGAAGCACUUGGAGUUCCAGAUAGAGCAGUUCCAGAUGGAACCGGAGGAGCUGUCUGCAAAAGAUUCUGAGAAACUGCCCACCAAGGAGGAGAAAAGGAUCUCCUUUGGCAUGGUGAUGCAUUGUCUGAGAAACCCGGCCUGCUGCACACGGUCCAACAUGGCAGUGGAGUGA